AUAGUGCUAUCCAGGCUUCGUACAACCGGGCCCUGGGGGACAAAACAAUGGAUUUUUUUUUUGCAUAAGAAAAGAUUCCCUAAUUAUGCUAAUUUUUUCUAUAAAUAUAGGUAGCUUUUCCCAUAAACAUAGUUAUUGUAGAGUUGUAGAGUUCUCCAGUUCUUGUAAGACCUAAGGCCUGAAGCGUCAAUAAAUUCCUCUAGGAAUUCAAUGCAAGGSGCCUGUUGAGGAUUUCGAUUGACGAUCUUACCAACGAUGUCAUCGCCACAGAUAUUKUUCAUAUGCAUGUAUAGCUUCUCGAAAUUUUCUACUUACGAUCCAGCUAAUGAUAUCCAAAAUUCAAAAAUAAAAACCACGAUGAGGCUGAAAACAAGGUUAUGCUGUUUCCAGGGUGUUUCCUACCUUUAACAAAGCUAAAAUGUAUUAGUUUCAUCCGAAGACGAAUGAGAGAUGAUAAGAUUUGAUUUUUGUGGGGAUGGAUUUUUCAUUAGGCAUGUACCUGACUUGGCGKACUGCCUUGGUAAUGUCAGUAUACAUGUGUUUUCCUAGUAUACAUGGAUCGGAUAUUCAUUGCCGAGAUGUUCCUGUCGGCAUGCAGAAUAACGUCAUACCAGCUGACAAGAUUACAGCAUCUUCAGGGACWGCAGGUGACCAGGCCAGACUAAACUACACUAAUGGACCAUCGUGGUGUGCURUGGGAAAUGAUGAUAAYCCUUAUCUACAGAUUGACUUAGRGACCCCCCACAUCAUCUGUGCUGUGUCAACACAGGGUGACCACCAGGCGGAACAAUGGGUCAAGACUUUUMAGCUCAAUUAUUCUGAUGAUGGAAAAGCUUAUUAUUCAUACACUGAAGACGGGAAUACACAACAGUUAUUUUAUGGUAAUGUGGAUAAUUCAGGGAUCGUCAAGCAGAUUCUSUAYCAAGGAAUCAUUGCCCGAUAUCUACGUAUCSUWCCCAWGAUGCACCACGGRGCUGYUUGUAUGAGAGCUGAGAUAUAUGGAGUACAAAUACAGYCAGGUAAUAGAGAUACAUGGUUUAUGUUUUUCUCUUUUAUGCUGUAA